UCCUUCUCUGCAGUAUUGCUGCCUAGCCACUCAUUCCCCAGUCUGUUUUUGUGCAUUCAAUUAUUUUGUCCCAAAUGUAGGACUUUGUACUUGGUCCGGUUGAAUCUCAUCUGAUUGAUCAUGGACCACUUUUUCCAGUCUACUCCGAUCCUUCUGGAUCCCUAGCCCUGCUCUCCAGAGUGUCUGCAGCUCCACCCAGCUUGCUGUCACUCACAAAUUUGCUAAGCCUGCCCUUGAAACCAUCAUCCAAAAUAUUAAUGAGGAUGUUGAACAUUCCUUUAAAAUAUUCCCUGGUAGUUUUAUACCACCUUCCACUGCAUGAUCCAGCUAAUGCCCAUUUGAGAUGGGCACUACUUUUUGCAUUCCAGAAGCACUGGAAAGUGAAGUACCUUAACAGCUGAUCAGUGACAGGAUGAAAUGGAUCCUAGGAGUCCUGACUCUUAGCCCUGCAUGAAUUGCCAGGCUACACUGAAAGUGGUGCUUGAUCACAGCCUCAAGAUGAGUGGAGUGGGGACUAAUGAGCCAAUAAAAAUACAAGGACAGGUAAAACAAGGGUUGUAGGAUGCAUGAGCACAGUGAUGACUUCAGAUUUUGUAGCUCCUGGAGAAUCCAGUUCAGAUUUAAAGGUUCAAUUAACCCAUCCCCAAAUCUCACUUGGCACGCAGGGAGGUAUUUGGAGAAGCCAAAGGAGAUGGGCUACUACUAGACAAAGAUGAGUGUGGGAAUGGAGCCAUGGAGAAGGAAGUCAGUGUUUCUUCAGCCAUGGGUGCUCUGUGGCCUUUACAAAGACCAUGGGAGAUGGGAAAGCAGAAGGCACCGAGGAAGAGAGAAAAGGCUGUUAUACGUGAUGGAAACAUCUCUCGCCGUAAUCCCCUUCUACUGCAGUGCCAGACCUUAGCCUUCUCAGAAUGGGUUGCAUGGGGCAAGGGACCCUCCAGUAAUGCAUUCUGAGCUGUGUCUACCAUGUAUCCAGUGUUUCUGAAAAAGCACCCUGCCUUCCCUUGCUUGGCUGCAUGCUCCAAACCCAGAAAUGAGGUGGUAAAAUGACAGUGUGUUGCACAAAUUAUUAAUUGCUCACAUGAAAAAAGACUUUAAAAGAGGGAUGAGGCAAGAUGCUAUGUUUAUUGAUUAGAAUAUUUAAAAGAAUGCGCGCGCGCGCACGCGCACACACACACACACACACACACACACUCCCAAUUACUCUGCAGAUGUUAUAGUUACCAAAGUCUGUUGGAAGGUGGGCAGCCUAGAAGUACGAGAUGAGGGGUGGAGCCUCAUACAGACACAUGUCUGUGCUCCAGUAAAAUAUGCAGAGUGUUACCCAACUCUUGCUGCUAAGUCUCCCCGCUUUAUAGGGGGCAUCAAGUUGGUGUUGGGUGACCGAUUCCACUUUUCCUGACUCUGUGCCUCCUUUGCUUGAAUCUCAGUACUUUUCCAUCCUGACAAGUGGUCAGGCUUAUCCAUCACUGUCCUAGGUGUUGCUCUUCAAGCACUCUGUUUACCACAUUUUCCAUUAUCACUGAUGUAGGCUGUCUGGUGCAGAUGGGGUCUUUAGCCUUGAAGGGUUACAAGCCAGUGUCUUUAAUCUUGUUUCUUCUGCUUAUUUCAUUCCUCGCCUGGUACAGAUUGGAUUUAGAAUUGCCUCUUCAGCCUUUUCUUAGCAUAGUUCACAAUUUGUUAACUUGUUUGUUAACACAUAGCUUACCCUGCUUCUAGUAAUCAGUCUACACUCAUUUACCCACACAUCCCAGUAUCAUAAAAAAGAAUACUUGUUUUGCUAUAUAUAUGUGUAAUAACAAGCUUAAUUCAUAAUAGCAGACUUAAAAUCGGUACAACUGAGAUGCCUCUGCUGCUUCUCAAGCAUCCUGGGGUUCUUGAGUGGUGAGGUGCCAACCACUCCCAUUUUUUGGUUUGGUAGGUUCGGGUGGGAAUGGUUGGGUAGGUUGUGUUUGAGAGCAAUGCUACAUACGAAUGCUGGGAAUAUGAUGUAGACAUUUCCUGAGGUGCCAGUGCUGUCUCUACAGCUCUUCCCUGUAGUCUGUCAUUCCCCCAGCCAGUCUGUUCAUGGAUAGAUAAAACAUCAUCCCAAUGGCCAUAUUUCUCAGCCAGCUUGUGCAACUGGUUCCAUGCAGAACAUCCUUGUUUCGAGCCGUGUGAUUCUGUGUGUUAGGCUGGAGGGAGUGAGACGUGGCUGGGUGAAGAAGGUUGCUUUGAUCAGUUGCAGCUAUUCAGAAAGGUCCCAUUAGUUGGUAUGGAGGUGGCCCUAUGGUCUGUAUGUACGGGGCACUUACUGGGCUAGGGUGGGAAUGGAGCCAUCAUCUUCCCUUGUUUGUGUGUGUGCAGAUAGUGAACUGGGUGGUGAGGAGGGGGAGAGAUUUCUUCUUAAAUCUCCUCUCCCUGCCACCAUUCUGCUAAGGAGGGAGAAUGAGGCUGAGCAGAUACAAAGCCAGGGGAUACCGGGAGCCAUUAGCUGAUACAGUUCCUACAGGGGCCUUUCCUACAGUUGUCUUUGCCUAAUCACUGAAUGUCCGUGCCUCAGUUUCCCUGUCUGAAAUGAUCAUUUCCACAGAGGAUCCUUGGCUUUGGCCUUUGCAAGGGGCAUGUUCGCAGAUGCUGCUCAUUUGUCAGCACAUUUGGAGAAGGUUUUGCCUUUUUUUACUUGCCAUUUUCCAUUUUUUGCCUUUGGCAUGCUUUGUCUCAUGCGUGGGUCACAUGGUGGGCCUGUGCCCUCCUGAGGGAGGCUGGGUAGGAAGGGGAAGUUGCUGAGGCAGCUGCAUGUACUGGGUGUUUGGAACAUGUUAUGUAACAAAGUAUUGCUCUGGGGAAUCACUUGUCUUGGAUCAAAGGUAUGGAAACAAACAAGCUUGCCAUGUUUCCGUGGAGAUUCUCUAGCCAUCUGUGAGCUCUGUGCCUGGUGUGUGUGUGUUCCCACUCCUCUCUUCUGCACCAUACUGGUGAACUCAGAACCUGCCUUUUCUGGGCUGAAGAGGGGGAGUGUUUCAGAUCCAUCAGAUAAAGUCCCCCAGGCUUCUGUUCUGUGUGUGUGUGUUCACCAGAGUGGCCUUCCUGCCACCAUACAGAUUUAAGAAGCAGGGCAAGCCUAGGAGAAUGAAGGGUGGCACCGUCAGGAACCCACCUGCUAGUAGGUUUCCCUGCAGAACUGCACUCCUGUGGUUGUGAAAAAACUGGGAGACGGAGGGCACUUCUCAGCUGCUCCAGCUCUUUCCACAAUUCCACAUAAACAACCUCAGAGACCCCAGUUUAGUUGAGCUGGUCAGAAAUGUUUUAGUGUGGAACAAACCUAAUUGCUGAAACCUUAGAAUUUUUUGCUGAAUGGCAUGCUUGUGUCCUGCUCUGUGAUGGAAGGUAGGUGCCUGGCCCGUUUUCAGCCCACCUCUGCUUGUGCAGCGGUGGGCUGUGAGACCACCUGUGCCACUCCAUCUGCUCCUGGGCAAGAUAGGUUGGUAUCUUUGUCUAUCUGCCAGCCUUGGAAAUUAAAAUAUGCAUCAGCCCCCACAACGAUCAUCAAGUUUCAGAUUAAUAAUGACUUUUUUUCCCUUUCUCCACUAGUUUUUGAGCCUUUAGGUUUCCACAUUGUCAAGCUUUUCCUUGAAACUGAGAGCUAGAAGCUAAGUUAUUGUUUUAAAUGAAAGCUGAGGCUUUCAGGUUAUUUACAUGACUCCAGAUGUUGGGGCUUCUAGAAAAACAAUGUGCUGCGAGAUUCACAAUAGCAUUGCAGGAGUUGGCAAAUUGAUUUUGCUAAAAAAACAGCCAUUUCUGACAUUUUAGCCCCCCCCCCGGCAACUGGGUAGGUAUCUCUCUCCUGCACUUCAGGCAUGUAGAAACUGGCUAUUUGCCUAUUAGAGUGGUCUCCUAAAAAAAUAACAGCUUCUUAAAAACAAUGACCACAUGAAAUUUCUCUUGCCUAAUUUCUGCCUUCUGGGUAGUUUACACCUUGACCAGCUCGCUUUUGCUGGUGGUUAUAUGUCUGUUGAGACUGGGGCAUAGGAGAUUAACAAAUUGAUGGUUCCUAACAUUUUCAGGCUGCCUGACUUCUAUAGUGCUGUCCAGACAAUAAAGAAACAACUGGGCUGCUGUAUUCAAAUGCAGCCAACUUCCAAGGAGCAAAAUCUGUUGCACAGCACUUGACAAUCCACAGACCUCCAGAGCUGAAGUAGUUUACAUCGCUUCUGGCCCCAAUUAUUGUGGUUGCCAGAGAGCAGUGCUGUGGACAAGCAAGUUGGCUCUGCUAAGAGGCCAAGCUGAUUAACUGGUCUGAGUGCAGAAUUGUGUGGAUGUAGCUCCCCAGUCAGGUGGUAGCUGUGAUGCCAGGCUGUGUUAUACUGUAUCCUUUCAGGUCCCUGCAGGUCAGGGCCAGGGUUUACCUUCAGCGGUCCAUACACAAAGGCUCAGUAUUGGGUUGCUACUAAUAAAACUCCCUGAAUAGCAGCUGUGAAACUAAUGGCUGCUAGUCCGUUUCAUGGCAGCUGAUGCAAGGCUCACCUUGGCCAGCUCUGGGCCCCAUCUUGUUUGCUGCCUGGUGCCACUGCAGGCCCAGUUGUUCAUAUCCAGGAUGAAAAUCCCAUUUCAGGGAGUCUCUUGGGGCACCAGGACACAGCCCCAAAAUUUGAGACCAUCCAGGAAGAAAGCCAUGGUUAUUUUAUUUUAUUUUCUGCUCCUUACUGCAAUUGAUAGGUCAGGGAAGCACUAUGUAGAAACAGAACUCAUGGUCUCUCUCAGUCUCCUAUGCUGUAGUACUCAUCACUGCAGGGCGCUCAUCCAGUUGUGCACAUCACAGAAAGGCAGGGGAGGGUUGAAGCAUUUGUCACAGCUUGUCAAGGGCUUGGAGAUCUGUGGACUCAGAGUGGUUACAGAAGUGUAAAGGGUGGCUGUUAUUUCCAGUUGCUCUGUUCCUUUAAAGCUUUAUGAAAUACUGGGCAUGAGAGGCAAGGGGAAGGGAAGGGAAGGGAAGGAAGGGACACCUUGGUUCAGGGAAUAUCUGUUCCAGGCCAGUGGGGAUUCAUUUAGAACGGUGGUCUCCAACCUUUUAAAGGUGAAGAUCACUUUUUGAAGUAAAGGGCAAUCCAGGCCUACUGCACCAUCCCCUUGGUCUGCCCCCUCCCCCCUGUCCUUGCCCCCCUACCUACCCAGCAGGUCAGUUGGGGGAGGGGGCAGAUCAAGGCCCCUGCAGUGAGGAAGGGCAUGGGGCAGGGGCAGGGGUGAGUGGGGCCCAGGGGAGGGUUGGGUUGUCCAGGUGCAUGGGAAGUGGGGGCUCCCACCACUGCAUGCAUCCCGGUGGAAGCCCAGGGGGCAUGUGCCCCCCCAAUCUGUGCUCAGGGCAAGGCAGCUGCUGCUGCAUGCUGGGCUUUGUGCUCUGAGCUACAUCUAACAGUGCUAAUACUGUGUGGCAGCCCAGGCUGCUGAGGUAUUCUGGUUAAGAAUCACUGAGCUAGAGGGUGAUGGUGAGUGAGGGACUUCGGAGGGAAGUGGAGCAGCUCCAGGUGCAGAGGUACUGGAGGAGAGGGUGGAGCUUUUAUCUGUCCUCCCCUUUCAUUCCCCAGACACAAAGCCUUCUGUGAUUAACUCCUGUGAAGUACACCUGAUGUUCAGGGAGUGGGGGGGGGGGCACGGGACACACAGGGGAUAAGCACAUUGUAGCAUGGAGAGAGAGAGAGAGAUGAGCUCUGAGCCAUACACAGAACAUUUCCUUGUUGCUGGGGGCACCAACUCCACCCCUUACAUCUGAAAGUUUUCUCCGUUGCUCUGACCUAAGGUCUACCUUUGCUCUGAGGGCUACUAGCCAGGCUCCCAGGGCUGGGAGAGAAGGGCAGCACCUUGCCACAAAGGACGGAGCUGGCUUGUCUUCAAAUCAGGUGCAAGGCUGGGGCCUUUUUGCAUGGAGGAUGACGGCAAAGAGUAAUGGUCUGAAGAGCUCACCUGCCAACCACCACUCUCCCCGGUUGUCUGUCAAAGCCAAGACUGAGGAUGAUCCAGACAAGACUGAGAUCAGCACCAGCAGGGCUGAGUCUGCCGAUGACACUUCCUCAGAACUGCAGAGAAUUGCUGCAUUGGACAAUGCAGAUCAGCCAGCCCGAAGAAGAGGAGCUCUGACCAGGAUAGUCCGGCUAGUGGUGAUUCUGAGAGACUGGGCAAACAAAAGCUUGCGGGAAGAGCAGCAAAGGCCAGACUCCUUCCUUGAGCGAUUCCAUGGGCCAGAACUGCAUACAGAGGAUGGUAACGAGCAAGGGGACAAACAUGGUGAAGGCAGCAAAAGCAAGAAGAAGAAAUGGAUGGUGUUUGUGGUGGAUCCUUCUGGGGACUGGUAUUACCGCUGGCUGCCUGUCAUUGCACUACCCGUCCUUUAUAACUGGUGCUUGCUUGUGGCAAGAGCCUGCUUUAGUGAUCUCCAGAGGGGCUACUUCAUCCUCUGGCUUGUGCUGGAUUAUAUCUCGGACUGCAUCUACAUUGCUGAUAUUAUAAUCCGGUCACGCACAGGUUUCCUGGAACAGGGCUUGCUGGUCAGGGACCUUAAGAAGCUGUGGGAUAAGUAUGUCCAAACUUUGCAGUUCAAGCUGGACAUCCUCUCUGUCUUGCCUACAGACCUGGUGUACUUUGCAGUGGGAAUCCAUCGGCCUGAGCUGCGCUUCAACAGGCUACUCCACUUCUCCCGCAUGUUUGAAUUCUUUGAUCGGACUGAGACCAGGACUAGCUACCCGAACAUCUUCAGGAUUAGCAACCUGGUGCUGUACAUCCUGGUCAUCAUCCACUGGAAUGCCUGCAUUUACUAUGCCAUCUCUAAGUCCAUUGGCUUUGGGACAGACACCUGGGUGUACCCCAACAUCACAGACCCUGAGUACGGGUACCUCAGCCGGGAGUAUGUCUAUUGCCUCUACUGGUCCACUCUGACUCUGACUACUAUUGGAGAAACUCCUCCUCCAGUGACCGAUGAGGAGUACCUCUUUGUCAUUGUUGAUUUCCUCAUUGGUGUCCUCAUUUUUGCCACCAUUGUCGGGAAUGUGGGCUCCAUGAUAUCCAAUAUGAAUGCUACCAGGGCAGAGUUCCAGGCGAAAAUUGAUGCCAUCAAGCACUAUAUGCAGUUCCGCAAGGUCAGCAAGGAAAUGGAGGCCAAGGUCAUCAAGUGGUUUGAUUACCUAUGGACCAACAAGAAGGCAGUAGAUGAACGUGAGGUCCUCAAGAACCUCCCUGACAAACUGCGGGCAGAGAUUGCCAUCAAUGUGCAUUUGGAGACACUGAAGAAGGUGAGGAUCUUCCAGGACUGUGAAUCAGGCUUGCUGGUAGAGUUGGUGCUGAAACUUCGGCCUCAGGUGUUCAGCCCGGGGGAUUAUGUUUGCCGAAAGGGGGACAUUGGCAAGGAGAUGUACAUCAUCAAGGAAGGGAAACUGGCUGUGGUGGCAGAUGAUGGAGUGACUCAAUAUGCCUUACUGACCUCAGGACUCUGCUUUGGUGAGAUCAGCAUUCUCAACAUUAAAGGGAGCAAAAUGGGCAACAGACGCACAGCCAACAUCCGAAGUCUUGGCUAUUCUGAUCUCUUCUGCCUGUCUAAGGAAGACCUAAUGGAAGCAGUCACUGAAUAUCCUGAUGCUAAGAAGGUGCUGGAGGAGCGUGGCCGGGAGAUCCUGAUGAAAGAAGGGCUGCUGGAUGAGUCAGAAGCUGAGGCAAGCCUGGAAGGGAAGGAAGUGGAGGAAAAGCUGGAUCGGCUGGAGUCCAACCUGGAGACACUGAACACCCGUUUUUCUCGAGUGUUGUCCGAGUAUAAUACUGCUCAGAUGAAGCUCAAACAGCGCAUCUCUGUUUUGGAAAACAAGAUGAAACAGGAGGUUCCAGAUGACAUCUUUGAUGGAUUAGACACACCUGUGGAGGAUGAGGAAGGAGCCAAAUCUGAUGGGAAGAAGUGAGAAUCUGUAGAUGUCAGCCCCUGCUCUGUUCUGCAGGGUGCAGACAUGGCAUUUGCUGGUUUCUGUGUUUCAAGAACAAAUUACUAUCUGCCUUGCGUUGCAUGAGACUUCUCAGUGUCAUAGAAGUGUUGCUGUUGCUGCCUUGUGUGAGCGCUCUCUAAAACAGUUCCAAAUCAGGUGACUCUUGUAGCUCUUACAAUCUACCCUACUGCCUUAAUCCAUGGCCUAAGAAUCAGAUCAGUCAGAACAUGAGUGACCUCUGCUGCUGCUAACAUUUCUGUCCAACUUCUGCAAGGAGUAUGUGCUCAUCUUACCUUCUUGCCUCCUCCUUGCAUUAAUAGAUAGCAGGAGCUCAUCAACUGAAUGUCUUAUAUGUAGGAGUUAGUGGAGACACCUGAGCCCCUCUUAUGCGUAGGUGGGGGUGCAAUAACUUUGAUGUAGACAAAGGUCUCACUUGUUCACUUUGCUUUCCCUAAUGGGCUGAUCAGGAGGAUGCUCUUUAGAGGACCAGCAUCCCAGGAGCUAAUAAGCAACAGAGAGAGAGAGAGAGAGAGAAAUUGAACCAUCAGCCAGAUGCUUAUUUAAUGUAUUUUUGGUAACUGCUUUUGUAAUACACACUUAUAUUAUGUAAAUAUAUAUUUUCCACUGUAUGAUCACAUAUGUUUAAAAUACUAAAACCGAAAUGAAGAAGUUAUACCAAGCCUUAUGCUUCUGUGAAUAGAAUGUUUUUCUGGUUCAGUGUAGGUUAUUGACAUUACUUCUGAAAGUAAAGACUUAUGAUAAAUGUAGGUGAGG